UGGUCACAUAUCACUGGUGUGCCAGCCACGCACCCGAGUGCAGGUAAAUAGAGCUGAACAGCCUGAACACUGGCGUUCCUGAUUCCAUGCCUUGAGGUACACUUUGGACGACAGGAUGGAGACCGAGAGUGAGAGCAGCACUUCAGGGGAUGACAGUGUCUUUUGGUUGGAUUCUGAAGUUGUCAGCCAGGUGACUGACAGUGAAGGGGGAGGAAGGGAAGAAACUUGGAGGAAGAUGAAGUCCUCGGUACAUUCUGAAGAGGAUGAUUUUGUUCCAGAACUACACAGAAACGUCCACCCCCGAGAGCGGCCCGAUUGGGAGGAAACACUGAGCGCAAUGGCAAGAGGAGCAGAUGUGCCUGAGAUUCCUGGAGACCUUAGCCUUAAGACAUGUGGCAGUACAGCUAGUAUGAAGGUUAAACACGUGAAAAAGUUGCCCUUCACCAAAGGCCACUUUCCGAAGAUGGCCGAAUGCGCACAUUUCCACUAUGAGAACGUCGAGUUUGGCAGCAUACAGCUCUCCCUUUCAGAAGAGCAGAACGACGUAACGAAAAACGGCUGUGAAUCGAAAGAGCUGGUCUACCUCGUGCACAUCGCCUGUCAGGGCAAAAGUUGGAUUGUUAAAAGAAGUUACGAAGAUUUUCGAGUACUUGACAAGCAUCUUCAUCUCUGUAUUUAUGACCGAAGGUUCUCCCAGCUCUCAGAGCUUCCCCGUUCCGAUGCCCUGAAGGACAGUCCAGAGUCCGUCACUCAGAUGCUUAUGGCUUACCUGUCCCGCCUUUCAGCUAUCGCUGGCAACAAGAUCAACUGUGGACCUGCCCUUACUUGGAUGGAGAUUGAUAACAAGGGCAAUCACCUUCUAGUCCAUGAAGAAUCAUCCAUCAACACGCCUGCUGUCGGGGCAGCCCAUGUGAUCAAGAGGUACACUGCUCGGGCGCCUGAUGAACUGACCUUGGAGGUGGGCGACAUCGUUUCUGUGAUCGACAUGCCCCCGAAAGUGUUGAGCACGUGGUGGAGAGGCAAGCACGGGUUUCAGGUGGGACUCUUCCCUGGACACUGUGUGGAGUUAAUUAAUCAGAAAGUCCCCCAGUCAGUGACCAACUCAGUGCCAAAACCAGUGUCUAAGAAGCACGGCAAGCUCAUCACUUUCUUACGCACAUUCAUGAAGUCUCGACCAACAAAACAGAAGCUGAAGCAGCGGGGGAUCUUGAAAGAGAGGGUGUUUGGUUGUGACCUGGGGGAGCACCUUCUCAAUUCUGGUUUUGAAGUCCCCCAGGUUCUUCAGAGCUGUACGGCAUUCAUCGAGAGAUAUGGCAUUGUGGACGGAAUAUAUCGCCUCUCUGGUGUUGCCUCCAAUAUCCAGAGGCUACGCCAUGAAUUUGACUCUGAACAUGUCCCCGACUUGACAAAAGAACCCUAUGUUCAGGACAUCCAUUCCGUGGGCUCCCUCUGCAAGCUGUAUUUCCGAGAGCUUCCAAACCCUCUGCUCACCUACCAGCUGUAUGAGAAAUUUUCAGAUGCUGUCUCAGCAGCAACAGAUGAAGAAAGGCUGAUCAAGAUUCAUGACGUCAUCCAGCAGCUGCCCCCGCCACACUACAGGACACUGGAGUUCCUCAUGAGACACUUGUCACUUCUCGCUGACUAUUGUUCCAUCACAAAUAUGCAUGCAAAAAACCUAGCAAUUGUUUGGGCUCCAAACCUGCUCAGAUCGAAACAGAUCGAGUCCGCCUGCUUCAGCGGCACAGCGGCCUUCAUGGAAGUGAGGAUUCAGUCUGUGGUCGUCGAGUUCAUCCUCAACCACGUGGACGUCCUCUUCAGUGGGAAAAUCAGCGAGGUCAUUCAGGAGGGGGCAGCUUCUCUAUCCAGGCCCAAGUCCCUGCUCAUUUCCUCUCCGUCCACCAAGCUGCUGACAUUGGAGGAAGCCCAGGCAAGAACCCAAGCUCAGAUCAAUUCUCCUCUGGUGACUGAAAACAAAUACAUCGAAGUAGGAGAAGGACCUGCCGCGCUACAGGGGAAGUUUCACACCAUCAUCGAUUUCCCGCUGGAAAGGAGGAGGCCUCAGAACAAAAUGAAAAAGUCCCCUGUGGGCAGCUGGCGCUCCUUUUUCAACUUGGGGAAAUCGUCGUCUGUUUCCAAGCGGAAGCUGCAGCGCAAUGAGAGUGAGCCCUCGGAGAUGAAGGCCAUGGCUCUGAAAGGUGGCCGGGCAGAGGGAACCCUCCGAUCAGCGAAGAGUGAAGAGUCUCUUACUUCUCUCCAUGCAGUCGAUGGUGACUCCAAGCUGUUCCGGCCCAGGAGACCGCGGUCCAGCAGUGACGCCCUGAGCGCCUCUUUCAACGGAGAAAUGCUGGGGAACCGCUGCAAUUCCUACGACAACCUGCCCCACGACAACGAGAGCGAGGAGGACGUGGGGCUGCUCCACAUCCCAGCCCUGGUGUCCCCCCCUUCGGCCGAGGAUGUGGACCUGAGCCCGCCGGACAUGGGCGUGGCCGGCCUGGAUUUCGACCCCAUGUCGUUUCAGUGCAGCCCCCCGAAGGCCGAGGCUGAGGGCCCGGAGGGCGGCGCUGCCUUUUUAGACUCCCCCACGGGAUACCCCAAGGAUAAGCCAAGUGCAAAUAAGAGGGACUCGGAAGCCGGCGGCAGCCGGGCCCAGACCCCGGGCAGCACUGCCAGUUCUGAGCCCAUGUCUCCUCUGCGGGAGACCCCGAGCCCCUUCUUCACCUUGGACAAGCCGUCCUCCUUCACGGAGAAGGUUGUCUACGCGUUCUCGCCAAAAAUCGGACGGAAAUUAGGCAAAUCACAAAUCGGACGGAAAUUAGGCAAAUCACCUUCUCUGAACAUAUCUGAGCCCAUUUCAGUGACCCUCCCCCCCCGUCCACCACAGGCCUCCACCACAGCCUCCGCCACGGCAGCCCAGACCCGAUCUCCCGCCUGGCACACGGGUGUGGACGAAAGUGCCGUCGGAACUAGAUCCCCUCCCCAGGUAGGAAAGAUGAAGGCAAACGAGAGGGAGGCCCUGGAAGGAUGUGAGCCUGGAGUCCAGCCCCCAGGCCUGGCGGUGGCGGUGGCAGCGGCCGCAGAGGUAGAGGCGCCGGGACAGGAGAAGGAGGAGCCGUGCAUGUCCGACGGUCAGAGUAAGGCUGUACCUUCUGGACAGGCUCAGACAGGAGCAGUUACCCAUGACCCCCCUCAGGAGGCCAUGCCUGUCAGUUCAGUGUCUCUUAUCCCACCGCCACCGCCUCCGAAAAACGUCGCCCGCCUGUUGGCGCUGGCGUUAGCCGAGUCCGCACAGCAAGCCUCGACGCAGUCGCUGAAGAGACCAGGCGCUUGCCAAUCCGCUCCGGUGAACUAUGGAGACGCGGCCCUGGCUGCAGCCGAAGAGCAGCUGCCUGUUUACCAUCCUCACAUGACUCUGGACAAAGCCUGUGUCCCAGCCGAUGGGCCCGCAGAGCACUUCCUCCUCCCGAACCACGCAUCCGGGAGCGGCCACCAGCUCCUGCCCGACCCGGCCGCCGCCGGGCACCAAGCCCACGCCAGCGCCCCCGAGCCCGGGCAGCAGCCCCGCCAGGCCGACUUCCAGCCCCAUCGAGCCUGUGCACCUGGGGACCCAGACCAGGCCAGAACCACUGCAGGUCCCUUAACAGACUCACAGUCUGACGAGCACAUCAGUUUCCGGGAAGACCAGCCCGGGAAGACCACCGGGCCGACCGUCUCCUUCGCGGAUCAGGACCAGACUCAAGUUCACUUCUACAGCGGAGAUCAGCCACCGUCUUAUCUCGGUGCAAGUGUGGAUCAGCCCCAUCAGCCCUCACAACUCACUGACACAUCUCCCACACCCUCUAGAGACAAACCCUGCCCUCCUCCUGGGUCCCCCGAGGAGCCUGUCAGCACAGCCGGCCUGGCUUAUGUGGCAGCGGCGGCGGCGGCUGACACAGGCGCCUGGGAAGCCUGCUGGGACCCCGCGGAGCAGCCCACCGCAGCGGAUUUUGCCGCCGCCACCCUCCAGCGUCCGCACAGAACCCACCGGCCCCUUCCCCCACCUCCUUCCCAGAGACCAGCAGAGCCGUCACCAGCUGUGGGGCAGGUGCCAGCAACGGCCUGCGCAGGGUUAAAUAAUUCCCACAAGGUCCCAGGAGUUGUGCCCACUCCGGAGAGGCCGCCACAACCCAGGGCCGCAGACGACCCUCCUCCCGGCCUUGUCGGUGACGGCGGGGCUGCCGCUCCGUGUCCCGCCUCUGCCCCCACUGUGUGUCCUGCUGUCCAGCCGGGCCUCCCCGAAAAGCUGCGGGAAGGUCCCCGUGCGCCCCCACUGCACCUGCGUGCGGAGUCUGCCCCCGUACAUGGCUCCUGUGGCUUCCCGGCCCCAGUGCCCCCCACCCGGACGAUGGAGAGUAAAGUCGCGGCCGCCAUCCACUGCGGUGGUGCGGAGGCAGCCGGCGGCGCCAGUUACCAUCCCUUCGCCUCGGCCGCCGGGGAUGAUGUCUUGCCUUUGCCACUUCCCGCCCCGCAGCCGAAGCACGCGCCUCAGAAAGCCGCUUACGCCACCUUCACGAGGCCCGACGUCACCCCUGAGCCCUUCGGUCCGGAAAACUGUGUGCAUUUCAAUAUGACUCCAAACUGCCAGUACCGCGCCCAGAGCGUGCCGCCCCAUCACAGCGGCCUGGAGCCGCACCACGCCUACGGGGCCCGGUCCGAGCCGCCAGCCUCCGUGGGUCCCCGUUACAACACCUACGUGGCCCCCGGGAGAAGCGCGUCCGGACACCACUCCAAGCCGUGCAGCCGGGUCGAGUACGUGUCUUCUCUGAGCUCAUCUGUUCGGGGCGGUUGCUACCCAGAAGACCCGUACCCCACCAUCCGGAGGGUGCAGUCUCUCCACACCCCCCCGGCUGCCAUGAUCCGCUCCGUCCCCAUCUCCCGGACGGAGGUCCCCCCCGACGACGAGCCGGCCUACUGCCCGAGGCCCCUGUACCAGUACAAGCCAUACCCGGCCUCCCAGGCCCGCUCGGACUACCACGUCACGCAGCUGCAGCCUUACUUUGAGAACGGCCGGGUGCACUACCGGUACAGCCCCUACUCCAGCUCCUCCGGCUCCUACUACAGCCCCGACGGCGCCCUGUGCGACGUGGACGCCUACGGCACCGUGCAGCUGCGGCCCCUGCACCGCCUGCCCAGCCGCGACUUCGCCUUCCACAACCCUCGGCUGCAGGGGAAGAGCCUGUAUGGGUACCCCGGGCUGCCGCCCCGGCCCCGGGCCACCGUGACCGGCUAUUUCUCCGGUAAUGACCACGGUGUCAUCGGCAUGCCCCCGGCCGCCGACGGGAAGCACACUUACACCUCGUGGGACUUCGAGGACAUGGAGAAGUACCGCAUGCAGUCCAUCCGCAGGGAGAGCCGGGCCCGGCAGAAGGUGAAGGGGCCCGUCAUGUCCCAGUACGACAACAUGGGCCCGGCCCUGCAGGACGAGCUGGGCGGGCUCUAUGUCAUCCACCUGCGCAGCAAAUCCGAUCCUGGGAAAACUGGACUUCUCUCCGUGGCCGAGGGGAAGGAGGCCCGGCCCCCGGGGAAGGCCCUCAGCCCCGAGGGCGGCGACCCCUUCUACAGGAAGCACCCGGAGGCCGAGCUGGACAGGGCCCAUUACCACGGAGGGCACGGUGGGCACGGCAACGGGCAGCCGGAGAAACCGUCCCUCCCGCAGAAGCAGAGCAGCCUCAGGAACCGCAAGCUCCACGACCCGGGCUGCGGCCUCCCGGAGCACAGGGCACACCAGGAAGCAAGCCAUAGGCACCUGUGCGAGCCGAAGAGCGGGCCCCCUCACCCCCAGGGGGCCGGCCACUUAGAUUAUGGGGCCAAGGGGAGUCCGGACGCCUGUGAGCCCGCCAGCUACCAUAACUCGGGAGGGAAGUACAUGACCGUGGGCCCCGAGUCCUUGCGACUGAACCACAAAGAGGCGAGGCUCUGCAAAGAGCUGGAGAGGCCUCGGGCCAGGCAGCCCCCCGCCCCAGACAAACACCCCCGAGACUGCUACCCGGAGGACGAGCCGCUCGGCCAGGCCUCGGUCCCACCCCCGAAGCCGGAGCGGAGUCACAGCCUGAAGCUCCAUCACACCCAGAGCGGGGAGCUGUGCCAGUACCCAGCGCACGGCCGGCGCCAGGGCAGCCUGGCCACCGUGUCCCAGUACGACAACCUGGAGGGCUACCACUCCCCGCCCCAGCUCCAGCGAGGAGGCUUCGCGGGAGGAGCCAUGGGGGCCUACCUGCCCCCCGGCUUCGCCCACCCGCAGAGCAGGACCUACGCCACCGCGCUGGGGCAGGGCGCCUUCCUGCCCGCGGAGCUGUCCCUGCAGCACCCCGAAACCCAGGUCCACGCGGAAUGAGCCCCGAGAGCAAUAGAGUUGAAGCAGCCUCUGCUGGACAGUGGACUGUUCUAUUUUUUUCAGUAACCAAAAAGAUUUAAAAAAAAGGAAAAGAAAAAAGCUACAAACCCCCCAACCACAUUCAAAAACAAAACAUAGUAAGAAAAAUCAAUCGCCACCCUUCUCCCCUUCCUGUUCCAUUUUCCGCCUCUAAGGACUCGCUUGGUCACUAGACGAGAUCUGAGUGGUUGUAAAGCACGGUGGUGACAACCUCGGAGAGAGCCUGUCGCCACCUCACGCGCAUCCGUACGAGCCUGAGGACUGCCUGGACUUGCAUUUGAAUGUGGCUUUGUCCUUCCCGGUGUCGGCCGUAUAUUUCAGAGCAGUUGCCAUCCGUUUCCUUUUGCAUUCCUCCCGACGCCUCCAGGGCCCGUGUCGCUGGCUCAGGCUGGCACCCAGCUGUCAUGUCAUUCUCCCCGUCUCGUGUUAAAUUCCAACAGAGAAAAAACCCCUGAUCCUUAAGCUAAGUCAGUUGAACAUUUGCAGAUUCUGACUAAAACAUACAGGAAGUAAGACUAAGCGUGUAGUAGAGUCAUCGUAAAGAGUCAAACCAUGUAGGCCCAGGCUGCCCCAUGUCCUGCGCAUCCUUAUUCCUCAGAGGUGUUUCUCAGCUCCAGGAACAGGCUCAGAUCCCAGGGGAAGGCAUGGUCAAAGGCAGAGUCAGACAUUCUCAGGCGGGCACCAGGGGGCGCUGUUAGCACCAGAGAGCUCUGUCCCUGCUUCCAGUGUGCCCUCCGCCUUCAGUUAAGAAGAGUUAGUGACUUAUAACCCUAGUAAAACAUUUUACACCAUUUGUUUCCCUAAAGCAACUUUUUUUUUCCAUUAAAAAUGGAAACGACCCCCAGCAUGGUUUGACUUAAACACGCAAUUGAUCAUGAUGGCAAACUUACACGUUAAGUUCUGUUUCUGACUGCAGGUUUCCUGGGGAUCCUUACAGUAGCUAUGUCGUACCUGUUCGUAAACCUGCAAUAACGGUGCAGUACACAGCCCCGUUUCACCGCGGGCAUCCCGGGCGGGUACGUUUCUGCCCUGAGGAAUGGCGUGCUGUUUGCUCACCCCCUCUGCUAUCACAGUCUACUGUAACUGCCAUCGACACCAGCAUUUCCGGUACCAUUCUGAUAACUCUGGGCAUGUUACAUGUGCCCGGCACCCACAACUUUCUUUUGAGAGUUGCACUCAUUCCCGAUUCGAGUUGGACUAGGCACCUCUCCAGCCCAACGCAAUUCCAUUUUCUCAACUCACCCCGAUCGCGCGUGCCAGGCGAGCAAGGCAGUCCUGCCUUUACCAGGACGCGUUUCGAUUGUCAUUUCAUUCCAGGACUCUUAGUAACACUUGAUUUUUAUACAUUCACACCUGGGGGCUUUCAUUCCAUUCACUGGAUGGUCGCUGCUCUGGCUUUUAUAAAACUUGGAAUUAACUUGUAUUUAGAGCAAAGGAAGAAAUCUUUUAAGAGGCUAAAUUUAUGCUGCUAUGAUUGCUGUGAAUUUGUAUAAAGAUUAGGAGUCAUGCCAGUUCCUUUUUUAUUUAAUAAAAAUAAAAAAAAA